AUGCUAAGAAAUUUGAUAAGUGUAAGGUUUUCUUCAAACGUAGCUGCUGCAUUUAAUGCACCUUCUGUUUCAUUACCAAGAAGACCAAUGAAAAAGAUUAGAUUAGGUAAAUCUAGACCUGCUAUCUAUCAUCAAUUUGAUGUGUUGGUUGAAUUGAGUGAUGGUAGUGUUAUAAAAAGAAGAUCGCAAUUCCCAAAAGAUGAAUACAGAUUGAUCCAAGAUCAAAGAAAUAAUCCAUUAUGGAAUAAGAGUAGAGAUGAUUUAGUAAUUGUGGAUGCUAACUCUGGUGGUAGUUUGGAUAGAUUUAAAAAGAAAUAUAGUUCUAUCUUUACAGUGGAAAGUACAGAAGCACCAGUGGAGACUAAGAAAGAUGUAUCUAAAAGUCCUAAAAAAAUCGAAGUUAAGGAAGUCAGUGCACAAGAAGAUGAAUUUGGUGUUGACGAUUAUUUGUCACUGCUUAACGACGAUGAAAGUCAAAUCAAGACUGGUAAUCUAGCGGUAAAGAAAAGAUCUAAAAAAUGA